AUGGAUCGCGUGUUUGCUCCGUCAGAGUCGCCCUCAGCAGACGUACAGAAGCUGCAACAGAAGGAGUGUACUUCAUCUCUAGCUUCUCUACCCGCUAAGGCUCCGAAAUCCGACUUCAACGUCUGGUCGUUUCUGAAACAGUGCAUAGGAAAGGACCUCACCCGGAUCUCCAUGCCCGUUGCACUGAACGAGCCAAUUAGUUUCCUGCAACGCGUUGCUGAGUACAUGGAGUAUUCGGAAUUGUUGUUGGAAGCGUCCUCUCAACCGGAUCCUGUUCGGCGGAUGGAGUCCGUUUGCGCGUUUGCUGUUUCUGCAACCUCCUCAAACUUCAACCGAAUCGGCAAGCCGUUCAAUCCCUUGUUGGGUGAAACGUAUGAGCUGCAUCAAAAUGAUUUCCUUUUCAUCGCGGAACAGGUCUCCCAUCACCCUCCAGUGACUGCCUUUCACGUUGAAUCGGAGCACUUUCGUAUGUGGUCCACGGUUCAGUUCAAACUUGUCUUCUGGGGAAAGUCAAUUGAAGUACAUUCAAAGGGUCCCAUCAUUCUGGAAUUGUACCGACACAAUGAAGUUUAUACUUGGCAAUAUCCCAGUCUGAUCGUUCAUAAUCUGCUUAUGGGGAAAAUGUGGGUUGAACACGUCGGUCCGAUGGAAGUUACUAACCGGACAACUGGUGCAAAGUGUCAUUUGGAGUUUCAUCCCUCUGGUUGGUCCGAUUCGGCGACAAACCAAGUGACAGGUCAUUUAUCGUUGCCCAACUCAAGUGCCAAGCAAAGCGCUACUCGCCAGUUCUUUGGAAAUUGGACUCGAGGCUUGUUCUCGGUGGACCCACCCGUGUGGGAAAAACGUGGUUCCGCCAUGCGCUCAUCGAGUCAAGGGGGUCAGGAAGUUACCUCUAUCACAGGACAAUCAGUUGAACCCAGUACGAAUGGCAAAUCUUCUAAUUCGGAAUUUGGUUUCGAAAUCCCGUUACCUAACCAGCGUUGUUUGUGGACUGCCCGGCCGAGACCGCUAGACUCCAGCGACUACUACAACUUCACUUUGUACGCAAUGCGUCUAAAUGAACUCAGCGAUCAGUUGGCCUCUAGCCAGGCUGAUCCAACCACUUCGAUCAAUAGAGUAACCGACGUUUCUCGAUCGUUCCUUCCACCUACGGACAGUCGAUUCCGUCCGGAUAUACGAGCUCUUGAACGGGCAAAUUUGGACCUUGCGGAAACGGAGAAACACCGUCUGGAAGAAAAACAGCGCCACUCGAGCAAAGCGAUGAUGGCUUCUAGCGGCCGACAAGGGAGUCAUAGUUUUCCUCUGCUCUCACUCAUCGCCCUUUCUGAUUCCGACCGUAGUUCAUCCAGUGGCGGUAACCGAUUGAAUGAUUCCAGCCGUCAUCGGCGCGUUUCCGGCUCCGGUCCAUUGUGGUUUCAGCAACAAGAGAACAAAGUCACCAAACAGACAGACUGGUGCUUUACCGGCGAGUAUUGGUCACGCGAUUGGAGUCGCUGCCCCGAUUUGUAUUAGGGCUUCUCUUCGACCCUUUCUUUUUCCCCACUGAUUGAACCGCGGAAUCACAUACUUUGCUUCCGAGUGUCUUUCAAAUCGCGUUCUUUAUAUGUUGCAUUUCCCUAUUCAUACAAUCUGGUGCACAUACCCGAUCUCAGACUGUCACGCACCUAUUUUGAUUGACUUGAUUUUGUGGCUAAUUUAUUUACCAUUCUCUUUGCCUUUUCUUCAAUGCAUGAAAAUAUAUUUGCUCAGUUUUCACCUAGUUUCCUAGCCCAUUCUUUGCUUUUUCAUUACUUUUCUCAUGCAAUUUUGUAUGACAUUUCCCAUGUGCGGUUCAUGCUCAGGAACGUGGGAUUUGACGUUUGAUAACGCUCGACUCGUUUCACCGUCGCGGUGGUACUCACGGUGAUGAAAACCAUCGCAUUAUUUUGGCUUAUUUCAUGUUAGCAAAACUACUCACCGCAUGAACUCUGACGUUCGUUUAUCCUUCGGCUGCUCCUGCAUUUUUUUCUACCCAUGGCGGUGCAGUGCGCACCUUGUGCAUUUGCUUAUUGUCACCACCUACGCUAUGAUGCUUCGAAAAACGUUGGAUUAUCCAGGUAUUGAGCUGAAUGUGUCAUUACCUGAUACAUAUCACAAGCGCCAAUGCCUAUAAAUCCGUUAUUUUACAUUUGCGUUAUUGAGUCAGUGACUCAGUAAUGAGGUACUAUGCAAAGAUAUGAUGUGUCGUGUC